AUGAUAAGUAUUCAAGAUAUUUUGGAACAAGAACCACCACAAUCGCAACCACCACCUGAGAAAGAAAUAUCCGUGCGUCCCUAUCAAUGCAAAAUAUGUCUCAAAAGAUUUCAGCGAUCUGAGCAUUUAAAUCGCCAUUUUCGUAGACAUACCGGGGAGAGACCGCACGAAUGUCCAUGGGAAGGAUGUGAUAGGAAAUUUUCACGUACAGAUGAAUUAAAACGCCAUAGAAGGACCCACGAGAAGCAAAUUAAGAAAAAAGAAAAUAAUCAUAACGGAAAACUCUCCUUUAGAAACACCAUUUCGUACUCGCAAAAUUCAUCUUUUGCACAACCAUAUCAUGCGCUCACAUAUAUUUUCACCGAACCAUCUUCGCUGAUUAAACAUUGUCCAGUGAGUGGUUGCACAAAAACUUAUGCACGAUCUGGUAACUUGUACAAACAUAUUGAAAAAUGUACUGCUGCGAAACGCGUUGCUUCCGUCUCAGCAGAUGUGUUAGAUGAGAAUAAUUAUGACUCAAUUGUUCCUCCGUUGAGUCCCGUUUCUUCCACUUGUUCCUCCGAAGAUUAUUCGUCAGCAUCUUUUUCUGUUUACAGUGGCGCUAAUUCUGAUGCUGAAGAACACGGUUCUCCUAUUUUGCGUGGUCAUUCAUCUAUUACUCCUUCUGAUCAGAAUAUUACUACUGACUAUGUUCCUCAAUUCUCUGAAUCUCAUCCUAAUGUCGCUUUUCUCCCACAGCUGCAACCCGCUAAAUUACAUGAUAUCUUUGAUUUUACGGCUAAUAUUUUUGGUUUAUGGUGA